AUGUCUUUUCACGAUUUUUUGGAUGAUUUUUUCUCGUCAAAUGCCGAUACGAAGAAGGUUACCAUGGAGACACCUGAGUCACCAAUGACAAGUAGUGCGGGGAGUGAGGUCCUUCGUGAUGAAAACAACUUCAUACAAAAUGUCUCCCAAUUCUUCAACACACAAGCCCUUAGUGAUGUCACUCUAAAAAUUGCCGAUCAGCGAUAUUAUGCUCAUAAAUUCGUCUUGGCAAAAUCGAGUGAUGUUUUCCGAACAAUGCUAUAUGAACGACCUUGGGCGCAAUCUCUGGAUGAUGACGAGGUGGAGUUGAAUGAAUCAAUCGAGUGCCAAUCAGUUUUCGAUAAAUUUCUACGAUAUUUAUACACGGCUGAAGUGUCGAUUAACUCACAAACAUGUGUGGGUAUUUUAUGCCUGGCUGAUAAAUAUAAUGUUGGGUCUCUGAAAGAACUAUGCCAAGCAUACAUGGUUGAGAACACGAAAAGUCCUAAAAUUAAGAAUGCGUUAUUGUGGUAUUCGUGGGGCAAGGCGCUACAUUUAGAGCCGCUAAUUGAAAGAUGUUCAGAAACAAUCGCAUGGAAUGCUCACGAAAUAAUCACAUCGCCACAUUGGCUGAAUAUGGAUUUAGACUUUGUUGCGGAUAUGCUGCAAAAGUCUGAACUUGUCGUGCCAAAUGAGUGGGUAGUUCUCGAGGCCACUACCAGGUGGCUACUACACGAAUCCCACGUAGGGAAUCUUUUGGAGAACUCAGAAAACCUGUUACCAUAUGUACGUCUUCCUCAAAUGUCUAUAGCCCAAUUAUACCGCCUGGAAAACAGUGAAUUGUCAGAGCAUCUUGAAUCAUCGUCGUUAAUCAAGGACUUGCUCGGGAAGGCUUUCAGAUUCCGCGCACUUUGCCCUUCCCAGCAUGCCCUUGGUGUAAGUUUCAACGAGCCAUUUUACCAGCCUCGUGAUUAUAUGGAUCUCACCGUUGAUAAUGUUAGAAUGCAGAACACUCUACGCUUUGGAAUACAAGUUGACGUCAAAAUGUUCACUGGUCCAGUUCCCGGAGAAAUUCGGGAUGCCGAUUGGAAACUGACAUACCGAAAAAACGGUGAAAUCUGGUCUCUUCAGAUUUAUGCUCAUGAAACAGCAAUGGUCAACAACGAAGCUAGAUUUGAAACUAGCGUCGUCAUUUUUGACGAACUCGAUAAAGUAAUUCAAGUUGAACGGCAACCUGUCACGAGUGUUACUCGAGGGAACAGUCAAAAUAUCCAAGUCACAAUCAAAUCACCUGAAACUUCUAAAAAUAUGGCUGUUCUUUUAAAGACAGUUGCAAGUUGAAUGUAGAAUCGCUCAAAUAGGGAAUAGGAUUUGGGAGAAAUAUUUAAAAUGAAAUAACGAAGAAUUCAGAAAAUGAAAUCAUUUUUUGAAAAAGUUUCUUCUUUCAUAAGAAUCAGAAUUGACGCAGUCUUGUAAUUAUUCCUUGAAAUUAUUGUAAAUUAAUAAUUCAUUGUAGUCAUUGCGAUAUUUAAUGCUGCAAAUGCAAUCAUGAAUCUUAAUUCACAUUUAUAUUAGAAACAAAUUGUUGUAAUUUUACAACACUUAUUACAACAAAAAUUACAAUUACAACAAUGCUCAUAACUAACUUAUUUUUAAACUGACUGAUUUUCAUAAUUUUGUACAAAUAUGAUUGGUAUGAUUCUGCCAAAACAAUGUUAAUGCAUACAACUGUUUAGUAAUAUACAGGGUGUCCGGAAAUUUCUGGACACCCUAGUGUGCAUGUCUGUAGAAAGAUAUUUUUGAUUCAUUUAGGGAUUGUCAUCAACUUUUGAGUUUUUGGGAGAGGGUUAUUUAUAAUUUUGAUAGGUAAAAUGUUGAUUUUUCUGAAAUCAAGUGAAUGGAAAAUCGAUGUUAAGUAUAAUUU